AUGUUAGGGGUGAGAGUGACUCAUCGCUCUGCAUUGGACCUCCACUUUACCGUCCACCAGGCUGCCACUCCGUUUACAGUUUCCCUACAGGCGUAUCUUGCCGCUCAUCCAGACUCAAGAUACAGCUACAUUGCGACUGGAACGCUUGUAUUUGACAUCAGCAAUCAACCAUAUCUUCGACUGCUUCUACUCCAGCGGUCUGCCAACGACAGCAUGCCCAACAAAUGGGGGGUUCCGGGGUGCGGCUGUGAUGACGAUGACGAGAGCAUCCUACACGCUGCAGCGCGCGAGCUAUGGGAGGAAACCGGUCUCAAAGCGAUCCACCUGGGAGCUCCCGUUGGAGAACCUCAUUUCUUCUCUAGCGAAUCUAGGAAAAGAAUAUGCAAAUUUGUGUUCCCUAUGCAGGUCGAGACCAAUAACGAAGGCCACAUGACUGUAACUUUGGACCCAAGGGAGCAUCAAUGCUUUGCAUGGGCUAGUGAGGAAGAAGUCAAGGCGAAGAGGAUAGAAGAUAUAGAGCUAGAUUUUACUACGAAAGACUUAGUGUGUACAGUACUGGAAGCAUUUAGUCAAUUCAAGAAGAUCGAAAACUCGGGCGACUACGUGGUAAUAGAACUAGCGUAG